AUGAUCACCACCAGAAAGAGUUCAGGGCCCGGAGGGGAGGACAGGCAGAUGCAGGCGGGGGCCAAGCAGUGUAAUGAAGAACCCAAGCCUGGAGACUUGAUUGAGAUUUUUCACCUUGGCUAUGAGCACUGGGCCAUCUACGUGGGAGACGGUUAUGUGAUCCAUCUGGACCCUAUAGGUGAUUUCCCCAGGAACAGCUCCUCCAGUGUCUUGUCAGUCUUGAACAGCAGGGCAGAGGUAAAACGUGAGCGUCUGGAGGACGUGGUGGCGGGCUGCCGCUACCGCAUCAACAACCACUUGGACCACAAGUACAAACCACAGUCUGUGGACAAGAUCAUCAGUUCUGCCAAGGAGAAGGUGGGCCAGCAGAUGCCGUAUAAUGUGCUGAACAAGAACUGUGAGCACUUUGUCACGGAUCUGAGAUAUGGCCAACCCCGCAGCUUGCAGCCCCAAACCCCUUUCCUGGACUGA